AUCUGGUUUUUCUAUUUGCACAGUGCGGAUUACCCUGACCUGCGCAAACACAACAACUGCAUGGCCAGUAACCUGACACCUGCCAUCUACGCCAAGCUGUGUGAUAAGACCACACCCAACGGGUUCACCCUGGACCAGGCCAUCCAGACAGGUGUGGACAACCCUGGGCACCCCUUCAUCAAGACUGUUGGCAUGGUGGCAGGAGACGAGGAGUCUUAUGAGGUGUUUGCUGACCUGUUGGACCCUGUCAUCAAAGAGAGGCACAAUGGCUAUGAUCCCCGCAACAUGAGGCAUCCCACUGACCUGGAUGCCAGCAAGAUCCAUUCAGGCGUGUUCGAUGAGCGCUACGUGUUGUCGUCCAGGGUGAGGACAGGCCGCAGCAUCAGGGGCCUGAGUCUGCCCCCUGCCUGCACCCGCGCAGAACGCCGAGAGGUGGAGCGGGUGGUGGUGGACGCUCUGGCCGGGCUGAAGGGAGACCUGGCUGGAAGAUACUACAGUCUUACUCAAAUGACCGAUAAGGAGCAACAGCAGCUCAUUGAUGAUCACUUCCUGUUUGACAAACCGGUGUCGCCCCUCCUGACCUGUGCUGGCAUGGCCCGUGAUUGGCCCGAUGCCCGUGGGAUUUGGCACAACAAUGAGAAGACAUUUUUGAUCUGGGUCAAUGAGGAGGAUCACACCAGAGUCAUCUCCAUGGAGAAGGGAGGCAACAUGAAAAGGGUCUUUGAGAGGUUCUGCAAAGGUCUCAAGGAGGUGGAGCGUCUGAUCCAGGAGAGAGGCUGGGAGUUCAUGUGGAACGAGAGGCUCGGCUACAUCCUGACCUGUCCCUCCAACCUGGGAACUGGACUCAGAGCCGGAGUCCACGUCAAGCUGCCGCUGCUCAGCAAGGAUCCACGCUUCAGUAAGAUCCUAGACAACCUGCGUCUGCAGAAACGAGGGACCGGCGGCGUGGACACUGCUGCUGUUGGCGGAGUGUUUGACAUCUCCAACCUGGACCGCCUGGGACAGUCUGAGGUCCAGCUGGUGCAAACUGUGGUGGAUGGUGUCAACUACCUUAUUGAGUGUGAGAAGAGACUGGAGAGAGGUCAGGACAUCAAGGUGCCUCCCCCCCUUAAGCAGUUCAAGUAGACACUGAUCCCUGAUGGCUUCACAAACCUCUGGGCACACAGCCACAACCCCCUCCCCGCCUCGUGCCCAUAGAUACUUCAAAUAUCUAUGAUAUUCCCAAAUUAAUUAUUAUUAUUAAUAUCAUCACUAUGCUACCUAUCUAAUCCACCACUCCUCCCUGCUCGUCUCUAUACUCCGUCAUUUCAUCUAUAUCUGUUAUAUUUAUGGAUUUGGCUGAACAAUCUUAGGGCCCAGAACUUCAUCAGGCUCCAAUGCAGAAGAUUGAAAAACUCUCCAAGCUCAGAUUGAUGCUCUGAAAUCAUAACAGGGAUUUAAAGAGUUGUGGAAAUUGUUGAGAAAGAAAAGAUCUGCUUACCUGCAUGUCCAAAAAAUCAAAACCAAAAGAAAGAAACACUCCCUCUGCACCCAGCUCCCCUCACUCCUCUGUAGCGUUUGCCUGUGUAGUCCGUCCAUCUGUGCUCGUCCUCCAUCGUGGAUUGUGUGUACAUAGUUUGUUUUAAAGCAAUUAAUGAUUUUUUGAAUGUAGACUUAGAAGCUGAAGAUUGAAGAGGAAGGUUUGUUUGACACCUGGGUGUCACGCUGGCCGGGUCGGGCUCCGUACUGUAAGCUCCUGAAGCUGAUAUCACAUGAGCCAUAACAGAAUGUUGUGUCUUUUAAUAAACAAAUCAUCUAUUUAACAGUA